UCUCUCUGAAAAUCCCACAUCCCAAAAUCGCUCUCUCUCUCUCUCUCUCCCUCUCCCCCCAACAAUCUCUCUCCUUGAGAUUCUAGUGAGAGGGAGAGAAAACGGAUUAAUUUCAACCAUGGCUCCGCCCUCUUCCUCAUCCUCUUUGUCUUCCGAUGACCAAUCUAAAAAAGAACCUGCCCGGUCCCUAGAUACAACAAAUCAACCUCAUAAUCCCACAACAACAGCAACAACAACAACAAUAAGUUCUGCUGGUGGGGCCUCUAACCCGCCAAUAGGGUAUGGGACCCCUAACACGCCAAUAGGGUACCCUCCACCGUACCAACCCUACCCUCCCAACAGACACUACGCCUAUAACCCCUAUACUCAACCCCCACCACCCCAUUACUACUACGCCAACCAGAACUACACAUACUCUACCGCCACCGCCGGUGGCGGUGGAGCUGGCAGUGGUUCCGCCUUCGUACGUGGCUUUCUAGCAAUGAUAAUAACCCUAAUCACCAUAACAUGCGUCGUCAGCAUCAUAACAUGGCUCGUUCUACGCCCCGAAAUCCCCGUUUUCCACGUGGACAAGUUUGCCGUCUCCGGUCUCAACAUAUCCGGCCCCGAAUUCUCUGCAAAAUGGGACGCCAGCGUCACCGUUGAGAACCCGAACCACAAGCUGAAAAUCUACUUGGAACAAGUGCAGGGUUUCGUUUAUUACAAGGAGAACUUCUUGUCCUCUUCGCCGGUCGACCCUAUGUUGUUGGAGACUCGUAGCCGCAACUCGAUCGCGAUGAAGCUGGCGACGAACAACACGGAGCAGCACUUGGUGGGGCGUUGGGUGGAGGAGGACAUCGCCAAGGAAAGGAGCGGCGGAGCGGUGAGUUUCAACUUGAGGAUGUUGGUGUUGGCCACGUUCAAGUCAGGCGCGUGGUGGACGAGACAUGCCUCCAUGAAGGUUUUUUGUGAGGAUUUGAAGGUUAAUUUUGUUGGGGGUGAGAUUAGUGGAGUGUUGGAUAUUGGUGGUGGGAAGCCUGAAGAUUGUGUCGUUUAUUAUGCUUGAGGAAAAUGGCAAUGGAAAUGGAAUUUCCUUUUUUCUUCUUUUAGGGAAAAUAAUUUUUAUUGUUAUUAAUCUAUCAUUUCAUUUUUCUUCUGAGGAUUGUCUAUACCAAUAUUUUAAUGCUAUAGAAUGUUGUGGACG